UCUCAUUAUAUUCCAAUCGAUUCGCUGACAAAAUGAAGUUCUCUGUUUGGUCAAGUUUUUCUUUUUUUAUAACAAUUUAUUUGAUGAUCUUCUCUCGUGCAGAGACGCUGAAUGUGAUUGAAAAACUGGAGGCUGUUUAUGAGCAGUCGGAAAAUGUACUUUCCAAUAUAAAGAAGGCCCUUUCGCAAAUAGAACCUAAUGGCAGCUCAAGUAAAACACCCGAUGAGGUAUAUUCCACAUCCUGCCUAUUCUCUGGAGCUAAUGAAAAUGGUGUAUAUACUCUGGAAGUACCAGGAUUGAGUCCAUUUCAAGUGUACUGCGAAAAUCAAAUAGCUGGCCCUGGAUGGAUUGUAAUUCAGAGGAGAUUUAGUGGAAAUCUCAGCUUCUUUCGAAAUUGGGAAGAGUACAAGAAUGGAUUCGGAGAUCUGAUGGGCGAGUAUUUUCUGGGUCUUGAAAAGAUUCGUGCCCUGACAGCUUUGGAACCCCAUGAAUUGUAUGUCCACCUGGAGGACUUCGAUGAAACUGUGAAACAUGCAAAAUUCGAUGAAUUUGCUAUUGGAAACGAAGAAGAUGACUACGCUAUGAACGCACUGGGAAAAUAUUCCGGUACUGCGGGGGAUUCCCUUCGAUCGCACCGCAAAAUGAAGUUCUCCACCUACGAUAGGGAUAACGAUCGUGAGUUUGGCAGGAAUUGUGCAUUUUACUAUCUGGGAGGAUGGUGGUACAAUGCCUGUCUGGACAGCAACCUCAAUGGUCAGUACAUGCCAGGUGGCAAAUACGAGGAGAAAUUGUUCGCAAGGGGAAUGUGCUGGAGAUCUUGGCGUGGCCACAACUACGGAUAUAGGAUAACCCAAAUGAUGAUACGACCCAAGUGCCGAAAUAUACCCGUGAUUCAUCGCUGACUCUUUAUUACUAUUAUUAUUAAGCUGUUCACUUCCUUUGGUUUAAUGGCUUCGAAAUCAAUGUGAAAACAAUUUGUUUGUGCUCUUGAUUACUAUGCAAAAGGUGUUGCCAUUGAAUCAUCACAUUUUUGCUGAGCACAUUAAUCAGAAUCUCAAUCAGAAAUGCGAAAUAUACUGUACUUCUCAUUGAAA